UUGAAUCAGCAAUCCACGCCCUGUCGAUGUCCAGAGCUAAUGGACAUCUGCUGUCGAGUCAUUCUCUACAUCAUUCAUCUGUGAGGAGUUUGACAGAUUGUGUAGAACUGUGUUUGCGUCACUUUGAAGAAUGUUCCUCUAUAGCUUACGAUAGAGAAAGACAAAUGUGUGACGUAUUUGCCAGUAAAUCGCAAUAUCAACUAGUUACACUGAUGUUCCCAACGAAUGUACUGUUGUACACGAAGCCGUAUCGCGACUGUACUGACGUCAAGCAAGGAAUGAGUGGUGAAAGUGGUGUUUAUAAAAUUAUGCCAUGCCCAUCAUGCGACGCGUUUUUUGUUUAUUGUGACAUGGACACUGAUGGUAAAGCGUGGACAGUAUUUCAGCGUCGACAAGAUGGCUCUGUAGAUUUCAACCAAAACUGGCAAAAUUAUGCGUCUGGAUUUGGCAAGUUAAGCGGCGAGUUUUGGCUCGGAAACAAGAAAAUCCACAAAAUUACGUCGUCAGGAAAGUAUGAAUUUCGGAUAGAUAUGGUAGCUACAGAUGACAGCGCUUAUCACGUCACCUACGAGUCAAUUGAGAUUGGAAGUGAAGCUGAAAACUUCAGAUUGAACAUAGGAGAGUACAUUGACGAUAGGUCAACUGCCGCCGAAGGACUUGACUACAGAGCCGAUUAUCAUACCAAUAAGUACAACAAUGGCAUGAGCUUCUCUACAGUUGACCGAGAUAACGAUAAUGCUUAUGGGUCCUGCAGUUUUAAGUAUAAGUGUGGCUGGUGGUUCAACACAUGUUACUUUUCUAAUCUUAAUGGUCUAUAUGAAUCGGGAAUUAUCUGGGACUAUUUCGGAAGCCGCUAUUAUUUACGAAUCUCGGAAAUGAAAAUGCGAAGAGUUGUCGGAGGACAAAAAGCGGCGCAUUAUUAUUAGGCUAUGCCUUGCCUUUUGUAAUAUUUGUAUUUAUAUGCUAUUAUUUGUAUGCUUUUGAAUCACAAGUUGUGAGCUGUUGGUAGAUUAC